AGUAAAAAGGGGGGAAAGUGGCUGAGAUGGACGACCGCCGGUGAAAUAAAGCAAACAUCUUUUAAAAGGAUUUAAUUUUACAAAAGGGAUUGAAAGGGGUUCUUCCAAGGGAAAAUGUGACCUGUUACUACCUUUUGAAGGAAGAUGCCAGCUGUCAACGCAUGCACCUAAACCAAAGACAAAGUAUUAGAAUGGCAUAAAAUAUGGCCCAGUUCUACUACAAAAGAAGUGUCAAUGCUCCCUAUAGAGAUCGCAUCCCUCUUCGUAUUGUACGAGCAGAAUCGGAACUGUCCCAUUCGGAGAAAGCCUAUCUGAAUGCCGUGGAGAAAGGAGAUUAUGCCAGUGUGAAGAAAGCUCUGGAAGAAGCAGAAAUUUAUUUCAAGAUAAACAUUAACUGCAUUGAUCCCUUGGGAAGAACUGCGCUCCUUAUUGCUAUUGAAAAUGAGAACCUUGAGCUGAUUGAGCUGCUCCUAAGCUUUAAUGUGUAUGUGGGAGAUGCCCUGUUGCAUGCCAUAAGAAAGGAGGUAGUGGGCGCUGUGGAGCUGCUGUUAAACCACAAGAAGCCCAGUGGGGAGAAACAGGUGCCGCCAAUACUUCUGGACAAGCAGUUCUCGGAAUUUACACCAGAUAUCACACCCAUUAUUCUGGCUGCCCACACAAACAACUAUGAAAUCAUAAAGCUCCUUGUGCAGAAAGGGGUCUCUGUACCGCGGCCACACGAGGUCCGCUGCAACUGCGUUGAAUGUGUCUCAAGUUCAGAUGUGGACAGCCUUCGCCAUUCUCGAUCCAGGCUCAAUAUCUACAAGGCUCUGGCAAGCCCGUCCUUGAUUGCUUUGUCCAGCGAGGAUCCUUUCCUUACUGCUUUUCAGCUGAGUUGGGAGCUGCAGGAACUGAGUAAAGUAGAAAAUGAAUUUAAGUCGGAGUAUGAGGAACUGUCGCGGCAAUGCAAGCAAUUUGCAAAAGAUCUUCUGGAUCAGACACGGAGUUCCAGGGAAUUGGAAAUUAUUCUUAAUUACAGAGAUGAUAAUAGCUUGAUAGAAGAACAAAGUGGUAACGAUCUUGCAAGAUUGAAACUGGCAAUUAAGUACCGUCAAAAAGAGUUUGUUGCCCAGCCCAACUGCCAGCAGCUGCUUGCAUCCCGCUGGUACGAUGAGUUCCCAGGAUGGAGGAGGCGACACUGGGCUGUGAAGAUGUUGACAUGUGUUGUGAUAGGACUCCUUUUCCCAGUCUUUUCCGUGUGCUACCUGAUAGCUCCCAAAAGCCCAUUAGGGCUGUUCAUCAGAAAGCCAUUUAUCAAAUUUAUCUGUCAUACUGCAUCCUACUUGACUUUUCUGUUCCUGCUGUUGCUUGCCUCUCAGCAUAUUGACAGGUCUGACUUGAACAUGCAGGGACCACCACCAACCAUCGUCGAGUGGAUGAUAUUACCGUGGGUCCUGGGUUUUAUCUGGGGUGAAAUUAAACAGAUGUGGGAUGGUGGACUACAGGACUACAUUCACGACUGGUGGAACCUCAUGGAUUUUGUAAUGAACUCCUUAUACUUAGCAACAAUCUCUUUGAAAAUUGUUGCAUUUUCAAAGUAUAGUGGGUUAGUUCCACGAGAGAGCUGGGACAUGUGGCAUCCAACACUGGUGGCUGAGGCACUGUUUGCAAUCGCAAACAUCUUUAGCUCCCUACGCUUGAUCUCAUUAUUCACUGCAAAUUCUCACCUGGGACCUCUGCAAAUAUCUCUAGGAAGAAUGUUGCUGGACAUUUUGAAGUUUCUCUUCAUAUACUGCCUUGUGCUGCUAGCUUUUGCAAAUGGGUUGAACCAGCUGUACUUCUACUAUGAGACAAAUGAACCUGACAGCUGCAAAGGAAUACGAUGUGAUAAGCAGAAUAAUGCAUUUUCAACAUUAUUUGAAACGCUGCAGUCAUUAUUCUGGUCUAUAUUUGGACUCAUCAAUCUGUAUGUGACCAAUGUGAAAGCGAGGCAUGAGUUUACUGAAUUUGUUGGGGCCACCAUGUUUGGUACCUAUAAUGUAAUCUCUCUGGUUGUUCUACUCAACAUGCUAAUAGCCAUGAUGAAUAAUUCUUACCAGCUUAUUGCUGAUCAUGCAGAUAUUGAGUGGAAGUUUGCUCGAACAAAACUCUGGAUGAGUUACUUUGAAGAAGGAGGGACUCUGCCUACUCCUUUCAAUGUCAUUCCAAGCCCAAAGUCCCUCUGGUAUCUGAUCAAAUGGUUGUGGAGACAUCUGUGCAAGAAAAAAAAUAGAAGAAAACCUGAAAGUUUUGGAACAAUAGGGAGGCGUGCUGCUGACAAUCUAAGAAGACAUCAUCAAUACCAGGAAGUUAUGAGAAAUCUGGUUAAGCGAUAUGUUGCAGCAAUGAUAAGAGAUGCCAAAACCGAAGAGGGACUGACAGAAGAAAAUUUUAAGGAGUUAAAACAAGAUAUUUCCAGCUUUCGUUUUGAAGUCCUAGGUUUGUUAAAAGGAAGCAAGCUAUCUAAUUUGCAGAAUCCAAAGACAAACAAAGAAGCUGCUUCGUCAGAAACUGAAGAAAAGAGCGAUAGUGAGGGAAACAAGAAAGGAAAGAAAAAGACCUUCAGCCUUUUUGACAUAACAACGAUGAUUCACCCAAGAUCAGCCACUAUUGCUUCUGAAGCACAUAAUGUAAGCAACGGCUCAGCAAUGAUGGUAUCGGAGUCCACCAAGGAAAAACAAAAGCGGGUGAAUUUUGUAACAGACAUAAAAAAUUUUGGGUUAUUUCACAGACGAUCAAAAACAAACUCUGUGGAGCAGAGUACAAAUAAAAUAUAUACUGUUUCUGAAGAAGUUUCCCGUCAACAGGCAGAAGAACAAUGUGAGGAAACUGCUGAACUGGAAGAAGAACUGACCAUGAGCUGUGAAUUAAGCAUCCAAAGUCCUGAUGGAAAGUGCAUGUUAGCUGAGUCGCAAAAGAAUAGUGACUCUUCAGAUUCAGAGGAUGAGGGAAGUGUUUGUGCUUCAGAAACUGAAAAAAUGGAGUUACAGAACUCAGAAACAGAAACACCACAGGAUCAGCUGGACAAGGAGCUGGACAUUGACUGCGCUGAGAAACAUGAAACAAUUGAUCAGGGCGACUACGUGAUAACAAGGUUGUGACGUCUAUAGGAGGAAGUAUUUACAAAUAUAUAUAUUUUGCAUAGUGCUUUUUGGGGGAAAUGUGUUAAGAAUUAUAUUAGCAAAUGCAGAAUUACACUUUAUAGUACUCAACUGUGGCACAUGAUCUUGUAACAUAGUAGUCAAGAGAAAGAUAAUAAGGGGACCUUCUGUUUUGUAGCCUGCUUUAGCUUUCACAAUUUGUUUUACAUUUUUUAAUAAAUGGAAGCAUCUUGUAUUCUUGUACUGUUGCAAUAACCCACAGAAACUUUUUAGUGAUCUUUUUCAAUUACAACAAAUGCAAUUUCUCUCCUAUGAUAGUUGACUCCUAUGAUAAAUAUUUUUCUAUGCAAAUAAAAAGUAGCUUAAGAGACUUGUAAGCCUUUAUUUAACUUUGUAGAUUCCUAAAGAUUCUGGGCAACAUAAUAAUCCUAAAAAGUUCUUUUCAACAUAAUACAUAUUAAUCUAUUAGAAUCAUAUAUUUAAAUUGCUAGAAAGUUGGUUUGCUUCAAAAGCUAUAAAGAAUGGAAACAAAGUAUAUUCUUUUAUUUAUUGAAAGAACAUGAAUACCUGUAAAUUAUGAAUGAUUGCUCUAUUUGAUUAUUUAAUUAAGCCUCCCCUUGCACCAAUAGGAUUAUGACUUUCCUGAUACUGUUUUUAGAAAUGCAUUUGCAGGAUUUGGAGAUUGUAAAAAAAUAUUUCUUUCCUUAUAGUAGGCUUGCUAAAAAUUGAUGACGGAUUAUUCCCCAGGAAUCCGUAAUCAGAACAGCUGCUGCUUCGUCGAGUAUUUAAUUUUCCAAAUGUGGACAACCUAUGCACUUUAAUGUUCAACUGCUUAUUAGCUUCUGCCUUCACACUACACUUAUAUUUGCUAAGAGCAAGCCGUUUUGGGAAUAAAUAGGCAAUGACCCCCAGAGUACUUGGAAAAAUAUGGUAAUUUGCUGAGAAGUUUUUAAAGGUAAACCUUAAAAGAGUUUCUUUGACAGUUUCAGAAUUUGGGAGAACCUGAUUGGAGGUUUUAUAACAAAUAUUUAGACAUUUAAAUGUAAAAAAGAAAACAAAAACCCUAAUAGUAUUAUAGUAUUUUUCAUAACUGAUGAGUGACUUAUUGUCUUAGUCAAAAACAGUAUUUUUAAAAUUAAACCGUCUGUUUCUUUAUAACCUGUGACUGGUGUCCUACAUUAUUAAAAAUGUAAGUUCACAACUGACCUGAGAAAGACCACCCUCCAACUCCCACCACCAUUCAUCCCCUUUCUCCUCCCACAGAAAUGUGAUUAUAUUGCAACAGUGUGGUCAUUUCACUCCUAACUUCCAUAGUCUUGCUAUGAUACAUUUUAUAGUUCAUAUUAGCCUAUAUUAAAGGUCCUCUACUUACAUAGAGUACGCUUACAUCCUAUAUCCCUACCACUAUAAAACAGACAUGAAAUGAGGACGAAGCAGGUGGAAUACAUGACAGGUAACUCCCACCUUGUAGGAGCUGAUCUGAAGCCGUAGUAUUCUGGAUCUAAACUAUCCUGGUACUGAACAGAGUUUUGAAAACACAAGUAAACCCCUCCCAUCUCUUUACUUCUGGAUGAGCUUCCCUGCUCUACUUUACACAUGCUAUAUUCCUUCUGAGAUCACAUACCAAGAGCUUCUUUCCUUUAUAUCUACCUAUGCCAUGACACCUAGGAGUGGAUUAGUUGAAUCAUGAUGGAAAGUGUGAGAGGUAACUCUGAAAUAGUUUGUAUAGCUUUGCAAAAAUGCAUUCACACUACAUCUGAUUACUAAGAUAUGAUUGAUUUCCACCUCAACUUCUUGACAUUUCUGUGGACCCCCUCUCCUUCACUUCUCUCUACUUGUCCCUCUUUAGAUUGUGAGCUCCUUGGGGCAGGGACUGUGGCUUUUGUUUGGGAAACACCUGGCUUAUUAUAAGCGUAACA